CGAACCUUGGAACUUGUUUCUUCAUUGUUUCUUCAUCGCUCGUUUUUUUCUUUGUUAGUUAUAUAUGCACUCUUCAACGGUUUAAUUCAAUCCUCUAAUGGCAGAGUAAACAGAAAGCUGAUGAAAUAACAAAUGGGUGGCGAUUCGACCCCCGGGAAACAUUCUCCUUCAGGGUCUGUGAGAAUGAUCGAGAAGCAGAAUUUGUGGGUUUCGCCAUCCUAUGUUAUGAAUCAUUUUGGAACCAGUGGAGUUUCCGUUGCUACUGCGACUGGCAUUACUCACCCUUUAGAUGUUCUCAAAGUUAGGCUGCAGAUGCAACUUGUUGGUCAGAGGGGUCCAUUAACUGGGUUGGGAGGACUUUUUCUUCAAGUUGUGAAAAAUGAAGGUCCUAGGUCACUGUAUUUGGGAUUGGCACCUGCAUUGAUGAGGUCAGUGUUUUAUGGAGGUCUCCGCUUAGGCUUGUAUGAACCGUCAAAAUAUGUAUGUGAAUUGGCUUUUGAGUCCACCAAUAUCUUGGUGAAGAUUGCGUCUGGAGCAUUCUCUGGUUCCCUUGCCACUGCACUGACCAACCCUAUGGAAGUUCUAAAGGUGAGGUUACAGAUGAAUCCAAACUCUAGCAGAGGACCACUUGGUGAAAUGCGGAAAAUAACUUCAAAGGAGGGAAUAACUGCUCUUUGGAAGGGGGUUGGCCCUGCUAUGGCUAGAGCUGCUGCUUUGACUGCAUCACAGCUGGCAACAUAUGACGAAUCCAAGCAGGUUUUGACAAUGUGGACACCUCUUGAAGAAGGAUUUUAUCUGCACUUAACCGCAAGUACAAUUGCAGGCGCAGUAAGCACCAUUAUAACAGCACCCAUCGACAUGAUUAAAACACGUCUCAUGUUGCAGCAAGAAUCAAGAAGCCUUGGAGCCUAUAAGAAUGGAUUCCAUUGCGCGUACCAGGUCCUGCUUAAAGAAGGUCCCAAAGGACUUUACAAAGGGGGUUUUGCAAUGUUCGCAAGAUUGGGUCCACAGACUACAAUCACCUUCAUACUCUGUGAGAAGCUGCGGGAGCUUGCUGGAUUGCAAGCAAUCUAGUCCAUGGGAUUGUCUUCCUGCUGGUUUCCUGGUUCUCCAUAUAAGUCGUUGUCAUUCAUGCCAAUCAGCUGCUGACAUUGAUAACAAACCCAAUUGGGAGAAUUGAAAAUUUUCCCUGUUAGUAAAAGGAAUUGAUUUGAGUACAGCCUUUUCUGUCAUUUUUUUAGGUGAUGCUAUAUUCAUUUACAUGGAUGCGCACCAGAAUUUCGUGUGGUUCCAGUGGGCAUUGUUUUACACAGGUCACCCGUCAUCAACAGGGUCCAAUAAUUCUGUCGAAUUGUUGUAAUGAUAUCUUUGGUUCAUCGUCUCUUUUACUUUGGAGCUUGGCUAUAACUUAUAGGGCGCCAUUUUUGUGGUGGUUUUUUUUUUGCCGUCGGUGUAACAUCAUGACAGAGAUCAUAUAACUGGUUUU